AAUGUCGGUGUGGCUCCAUGUUUUGUAGGCGUAUUUUGUUUCCCUCUUCGCUCGGGUUCACCGACGGGUUUCCAUUUUCACGGUUGGAUUCAACCAGAACAACAAUAAUAUGGAUCCGGACAUGGAGGACAAAACCCUGGAGCUGAUGUGUUCUUUGCCUCGUUCUGUCUGGCUGGGUUGUUCAUCGGUGGCAGAGAGUCUGUGUGCUCUCAGAUGCCUGCAGAGCCUCCCGUCUUCCCGGGCCCACAACCAGAGCAUGACGGUGAUGGAGUCACAGAAUAACACAGGUGACGUCUCACCAAAGAAGACAACAGUGUUCAAGUUCGGGAAUGGUUCAGUAGCGGGUUCGAGGAAGAGGAUGUCGCAGGGGAACUUCGACAAGGAGAAAGAUCUGUGCAUCCAGCUGUUUGAUCAGUGGUCCGAAUCGGAUCAGGUGGAGUUUGUGGAACAUCUGAUCUCACGCAUGUGUCACUACCAGCAUGGCCAUAUAAACUCGUACCUUAAACCCAUGUUACAGAGAGACUUCAUCACUGCGUUGCCAGCUCAGGGUCUGGAUCACAUAGCGGAGAACAUCCUCUCAUUUCUCGACGCUCGUUCUCUGUGCUCUGCUGAGCUGGUCUGUCGAGAAUGGCAGCGGGUCAUUUCAGACGGGAUGCUCUGGAAGAAGCUCAUCGAGAGGAUGGUGCGCACAGACCCUCUGUGGAAAGGCCUGUCAGAGCGCCAUCAAUGGGAGAAAUAUUUAUUUAAGAACCGAACAAACGAGGUUCCGCCCAAUUCGUACUACCAUUCACUCUAUCCCAAAAUUAUACAAGACAUUGAGACUAUUGAAGCGAACUGGCGUUGUGGGCGUCACAAUCUUCAGCGGAUUCAGUGCCGGUCAGAGAACAGUAAAGGUGUUUACUGCCUUCAGUACGACGACGACAAGAUCAUCAGUGGCCUGCGAGACAACUCCAUCAAAAUCUGGGACAAACAGUCUCUGGAGUGUCUGAAGGUCCUGACGGGUCACACUGGUUCGGUUCUCUGUCUGCAGUACGAUGACAGAGUCAUAGUGACAGGCUCCUCUGAUUCAACUGUCAGGGUGUGGGAUGUUGUUUCUGGUGAGGUUCUCAACACUCUGAUCCAUCACAACGAGGCGGUUCUGCACCUGCGCUUCUGUAACGGUCUCAUGGUGACGUGUUCGAAAGAUCGCUCCAUCGCGGUGUGGGACAUGGCGUCUGCGACCGACAUCAGCCUGCGCCGCGUGCUCGUGGGUCACCGCGCUGCCGUCAACGUGGUGGACUUUGACGACAAAUACAUUGUGUCUGCGUCUGGAGACAGAACCAUAAAAGUGUGGAGCACGAGCACGUGUGAGUUUGUACGGACGCUUAACGGUCACAAGCGCGGCAUCGCCUGCCUUCAGUACAGAGACAGACUCGUGGUCAGCGGGUCCUCGGACAACACCAUCAGACUGUGGGACAUUGAGUGCGGUGCUUGUCUGCGUGUGCUGGAGGGUCAUGAGGAGCUUGUGCGCUGCAUCAGAUUCGACAACAAGAGGAUCGUGAGCGGAGCAUAUGAUGGGAAAAUUAAAGUUUGGGAUUUACAGGCAGCUCUGGAUCCUCGGGCCCCUGCCAGCACAUUAUGUCUGCGUACACUCGAGCAUUCUGGGCGCGUGUUCCGACUGCAGUUUGAUGAGUUCCAGAUUAUUAGCAGUUCCCAUGACGACACGAUCCUUAUAUGGGACUUCCUGAACGUCUCCACCAAUGGCCAGCCGGAGAGGCGAUCGCCCUCACGGACAUAUACAUACGUCUCCAGAUAGCAGGUGCCUCUUCUAUGUGCCAGUGUGUCCUGGGAGAGCUGAUUGGCUGUUGGCUGUGUCCGUCACAGAAUGGUGCCUAAGGAUCCGCCUCCUCUUCUCUAUCUGACUAUAAACUUACACAGAAACAUACACAGAUUCAUGCUUUGCCAAACACACACACACACACUAAAGAUUCAAACACUCACACCAUUGGGUUUCAGCACUGUUGUGCUUUAUCUAGUGGGGAAAAGACAAGCACAAUCUCACACACGGACGUUCAACAGCUUCAAACCGUAUCUGUACUAUCACUGCUGCUCAAAUAACCAGAAAAUCUGCACUACUAAUAGCUCAUAUCCACACGGGGAUCACUGAAGCUGGGAUUCUGGGAGUGACGUACAGAUAAAGGACAGGUAAUUGAGACUUUGCGGACUGCUGUGCGAGAGAUAGGGACUUGGACGGCAGCAAACUCUCGCGGAAAUGAAAGAAUGGGUUCAGGACGUCUGCCGCCUUUGGCUUUCAUGCCACAUCUCUCUUCAGGACCAGGGACACACGUGUUUUUUUAGGAUGACGGCGUGAAGCAGAGGUCCGUCUGCAUGCAUGCGAGGAUCAGCUGGGUGACUGUCUGCUCUGAUGCCUCUUUCCCUUUCGUCUUUAGUUUUUAUGAUUUUGUUUUUCUAUUUAAUUGGUCUCUUCAUCUCUCCCGUAUGGUUCUGCUAGGCAUUGUAUGUCUUUGUCACCCAAUGUCUGGUUUGAUUUCUCUCUGCCUGCUUGCUCAUCGAGGGCUGAAUCUAGUUGUAAACAAAAUUGUCUUGUCAGAUUGUGUUGUAUAUUAAAAAAGAGUUUUUUAAGAAAACGAUAUUGUGAAUAAAGUACUUGACCAUG